AUGACGUCUUCUAAACUGGCUAAUAAUCAGUGGGGUGGUCAGACCAUCGAUGAACCUCUUGAACAGAUUGAUGUGGAUCGAAUAAUCUCACGACGUCAAGAGAGAAUCGCCGAAAAAGAAGCAAAUUUAGAGUCGAUAAGUGAGGGUUGUCCAAAGCCAGUUGAACGAAUCGAUAACGACACAGCGGCAGUGCUUGCAGUUGAUCAGUUAUUAGAUACAUCUUUCUUGAUAACUGACGAAGAAUUGGCUUGUUUUGCACCACAAACUGAGCUGAAAGUUAUCGCAUCCAGACGGGAUUUAGUUUGA